UAUUUAGUUUAAAAUGGGUUGUGGACCUAGCACUGGCAAGAAUAAGGCUGGAAGUCAGCCAAAACAAAAACAUAAGGCUUAUAAAGGUCAAGGCUAUGCAGUUGGUGGCGGCGAAAAUGAUAAUGCAGACCAAAGAGAAUUAAGAGCCCAAGCAGCAGAGAAAAGGCUUCAACAAAAUAACCAAAAAGGAUUUAACAAAGCUUCUUACGCAGAAAUGGAAAGGAAAAAGAAACUUCAGGAAGAAAUGGAAAAAGAUAGAUUAGCCAAGGGAGACGGGGCUAAUAUGAAAUGGAACAUGAAAUAGUCCAACUCACUAAAGAGAGCAUAGCAGGUUUAUUAAUAAUAGAAGCAUCUAACCAUUU